ACAUUCGGUAUUCAUACAAUUGUACACAUCCAAUUAUAGCAGAGCUAUGAAAAUAUAUGCAUUAGUAUGACUAUGAAAUGAAAAUGUAGGCAGUGGUACUCUGAUUUUAUUUCCUCUUUAUUUAAUGUUUACGAGGAACAUUAUAGUACGGUCCAAGAGAUAGUGGAUAAUGUGGAUCGCACAAUGCAGCAGCGGAGAUACUUCGUUUGAAUGCAUUAAUAGUGCAGGCAUCACACUGCGAGGGUGAUAUCCGAGUGAUAAAUGCAAAGAUACAGAUUUAGCAUAAACAUACUUAACGACUUGUGUCUAUAUGACUAGAUGUCGCCAAAGUAUUUGCAAAACGAACCCCGAAAGGUAUGGCAUCGUGGUCGCAUCAUGCUGCUGCCAUUGUUUCGUAUAUGGGAUAAGCUGGACAGUUGGCGUAUUCUUUGUGAUGUUUUUGGACGCAUUUCAAGCAAAGAAAGGAGUCACUGCAUGGGCAGGGUCACUGAACACGGCUUGUUGUUAUGCAGUUGGACCAAUAAGCAGUAUGUUGACGAACAAAUUUGGCUGCAGACCCACGGUUAUCUUAGGUGGCGUUAUAUCAGCUAUUGGUCUUGGAACAAGCGCGUUUGCCACUAACAUAUACCACCUGUAUAUCACGUUUGGUAUAGUUACAGGAAUUGGUUUUGGCUUCGUUUACAUUCCGUCCGUGUCUAUUAUUGCCCCAUACUUCAAAAAGAAAAGAGCGUUGGCAUACGGAGUUGCAACAGCUGGAAUAGGAAUUGGUUCAAUGGUCUACCCGCCAAUUAUAGAUGCUUUGAACAAUCAAUAUGGAUGGAGAGGAACACUACUUAUACUCUCAGGGAUUACAUUAAAUAUAUGCGUUGCUGGAGCAUUUAUGAAACCAUUUAAAAGUACAAUAGACGACGCAAGGGGAAAGGUUAAGGAAAGACUGUUUAACGUAGGGAUAUUUCGUUCGGUGGAUUUCCUCAUACUUUGUAUGAACAAUAUGCUCUUUUGCUUUGGUGUGUCAGUGGUAUACACACACUUGGCCGAAUAUGCAUUGCAAAUGGACAUAGGGGGAAGGGAAAGCUCUAUAUUAUUUUCUGUAAUUGGUAUCUCGAACUUUCUGGGUCGAUUUGUGUUUGGAUUCAUAGGAAAUCAUCCAUUGAGUAACGAUAUACUUGUAUAUUUGUUUGGCUUUUUAAUACCGGGUAUAGCAACGUUAUUGGUACCUUUACUCACACAGUUUGAAUCUCUCUUGAUAUAUGCCACUAUUUUCGGAACAUUCACUUCAGUAUUUGGAGUACAACUUGCCAGUAUUGUAUGUCAGAUAAUAGGUGAAGACCAGUUGGCAACAGGGUUCGGUGUUUUGCUUCCAUUUGAAGCAUUUGGAACAAUGCUUGGAGGACCAGUGGCUGGAUUCAUGUACGAUGGAUUUGAAUCUACAGGGUCAUUCUUUGUUGGAGGCGGAGCACUAGUGCUGAGUGCCACGAUUAUGAUUGUGCCAUAUUUGCGCGAGAAACGACUACAUGCACGAGCGUUAAAUGACAAUACACGCAUUAAAAACAAUCUCACUGAGGUUAUGGUGAAAACAGAAAAUGAAGAUACGGUUCAUGAAGAUCACAUUUCCAACACUACAUUAAGUGAUAACACUGAAGAAAACGAAAAAGCCAUAAUGUUAGAAGAAAUUCACACAUGAUGUUGAUCUUUCAAAUGGUACAUCGCCUUAAAAUGAAAUGAUGCAUGCUGUAAAAUGUAGUUAUGGUACCAUAGAAAGGAAAUGGUCACCAAAUGCUUAAAGUCCCCAUAUAAAGUUCAAACCACUUAUAUUGUAGUCUUACCCAAUGUUAUAAAAGUGUGAUAUGUGAAACUUUUUUUUUAAAUUUCAAAAAGUGGUUUUUGAUAGACUUUUUGUUUCAAAAUUUGUGAAUU